UCCUCCUGACGAGCGGAGGCAGAUGCAGCAGCAGUUUAUUGACCGCGACGGGUCGACACAGAGCGUUCAUCCACAAAUGGGCCAUCGUUACAACUAGCACCGCUUCUUCUUCAAGCCACCCGCACCUUACCACCGCAUCCUGAUCUUAAAGUUUUCCAUUUUCCAUCUUUGAGCGGUUUUCCAACAAAGGGCGGAGAAAAUGGCAGCAAUUCCAUCAACUGGCUCCCUCAUCGCCACCCAUGAUUACUAUAGAAGGCGACUAGGGUCCAACUCCAGCAACAGCUCCUGUGGCAGUGCUGAGUUCACAGGAGAGGUCAUUCCACACCCCCCAGGUCUUCCAAGGCAAGAUUCUGGCCACUGGUGGACCUCAUUUUUCUUAGCAAAACCGAACCAGCCCGGCAUGCAGAACGGAUCUGAAUCUCAAAAGAACAGUACCUACACAGUGGCCAACGGUCAGGUGACCUGCAUCGCCAGGGAGAUGGUUUUGAACAGACAACUCAGUGAAAGCAGUGAAAACGGAAAGUCUGAAACGUCGAACCCUCCACCUUCUUCAUCCUAGACUCCGUCGCCUCGCCUUCCACCUCCACCCCCACACCGCCCCCUCACCCUCGGCCCCUCACCAAUCACAUAGUCCAUCAAUGGAGAUGGAAAUGAUGAUGGUGUUUGUUACCUUUUACCAAUGCUUUUUACUUUUUUGCCCAUGUAUAGUAUAUUUUUAUUAUGACCAAAAGCUUUAAAAAAAAGUAUGUAAAAAGUUUUUUCCAUUAUAUUCUUCUUGUUACUUUCAACUGAUAAUAAUAAUAAAUCAAAUGCUUACAGUCAGCA